AUCUGAACUAUAGAAUACAGAGAAAUCAUAAAAAAAUAUUGACAUGGGAAAAAUAAAUUGUUACAUCCAUCAAAUAUUCCCCACUUCAAUCCAUGUCGAAUUCAAAUGAAAGUUCUUCCCUCGAUCAGGAUGAAAACCCUCUCAUCAACGAGGACGACAUGGAGGAAUUCUACGAGGCCUUCAGCAACUUCAGUACAAGAGAAGGAGUCGAAGCUAUGGACGUUAAUGACUUCUCGUCGUUUUUACGAGCCCUGGGCCAGUGCCCUACGGAGGCCGAGAUAAUACAGAUGUUGAGGGACAUCGACGCCUUGGAAGCGGAUACGUUGACCUUCGAUCAGGUGGUGCGGAUCAUGAAGAUACAUUUCCAGACCCCCCAUACAGAGGAAGAUUUGACGAAAGCUUUCCAGGUGUUCGACAGGACUGGUGACGGCACCCUAGGUACCCAGGAAAUCAUGUUCGUCAUCAAUAACCUAGGGGAAGUCUAUCAGGAAGAUGAAAUUAGGGAGAUGUUUUUGGAAAUCGACAAAGACAGAGAUGGAAGGAUUAAAGUUGACGAUUUUAUUGCCCUUAUGGGGGAUCCAAAUGUGAGAUCCAGGCGAAAAACCAAAUGCAAAAAAUGACGGAAUUCAUAACAAUAGAUAUAUAAUACAUUAUAUUUUGUAAUUUAUGAAUGAAAUUUCCCAUUGAAAUAAACAAUAUGACAGCAAAUGGUAACCAUGGUUUUU